UCUACUCCAUUUUGGCACCAUUGUUUUCCGCUUCCUCGUCUCGUCAUCUUCCUAUAACCACUCACCAAUCAUUUCUUUUCAGUUUUACCCUUAAUCCCAACAAAUGAUUAUGAACAAGCCCUUCCACUUCACUCCAUUCUUCCCUCUUCUACUUCUUCUCUUCUCACUAACACAAGUCUUUUCUCUCUCACAAACUUCCCCACCAAAAUGCUCUCCAAACUCAUCAGGACCAGUUUACCCCACGACCCCAUUACUCACUUUCCUGGAAAAUGUCCAAGAAACCGCACUUUUCUCCUUCGGAAAAUCAGACUUCGACCCAAAGCUCUACGUGGACUUGUCACUGAAACUCGAUUUAUCCACCACCGACAGAGCUUUUGAUGAGCUUCACAGGUACUCAAAUGGGUCGGUUUCUGCUGAGGAUUUGAGAGAGUUUUUGAGGGAAUACUUUGAGGGUGCAGGGGAGGAUUUGGUGUACGUCAAGCCAGAGGAUUUUGUCCCUGAGCCAGAGGGGUUUCUUCCAAAGGUGAAGAAUGAACAAGUGAGGAAUUGGGCUUUGGAGGUUCAUUCUCUUUGGAAGAAUUUGAGCAGAAAAGUUUCUGAUGAGGUUUUGAAGAAUCCUGAGUUGCAUACUCUGCUUCCUCUUCCUCACCAUGUCAUUAUUCCAGGUUCGAGGUUUAGGGAGGUCUAUUAUUGGGAUUCUUAUUGGGUGAUCAGGGGAUUACUAACUAGUAAAAUGUAUGACACAGCAAAAGCAAUUGUGACUAAUCUCAUUUCUUUAAUAGAAAAAUAUGGUCACGUCCUCAAUGGUGCAAGGGCAUAUUACACUAAUAGGAGCCAGCCUCCACUCCUUAGCGCAAUGGUUCACGAAAUAUACAAGAGGACCGGAGAUUUGGAAUUUGCCAGAAAGUCUCUCCCGCCACUAAUCAAAGAACACAAGUUUUGGAAUUCCGGAAUACAUAAAGUGACAGUUCAGGAUGCUAAAGGUCUCAAUCAUACUUUAACAAGAUAUUAUGCAAUGUGGAAUAAGCCCAGGCCUGAAUCUUUUACCAUGGACAAGGAAUUUGCUUCAAAUAUCACAAGUUUUUCAGAGAAACAGCAGUUUUACCACGAGGUCGCCUCAACUGCUGAGUCUGGAUGGGAUUUUAGUACAAGAUGGAUGGGAAAUCCUUCUAAUUUUACAACAUUGGCUACAACAUCAAUCUUACCGGUUGACUUAAAUGCAUUCAUACUUGGGAUGGAACUGGAUAUUGCCUUAUUGGCAAAAGUUACAGGAGAUUCCUGCAUCUCUCACCGCUUCGAGAAAGCUUCACGCGCAAGAAAGAAGGCAAUGGAAUCUGUUUUCUGGAACGCGAAGACGGGUCAAUGGCUUGAUUACUGGCUAAGCAAUAGAAAAUGCAAGGGUGUUCAAAAAUGGAAAGCUUGGAACCAGAAUGAGAAAACAUUUGCUUCAAACUUCAUUCCUUUAUGGAUUGAGUCAUUCCAUUCAGAUGCUCCUCUGGUGCGAAAAGUUGCGAGAAGUCUUCAAAGAUCAGGUCUGGUUCGGGAUGCCGGUAUCGCAACAUCUCUCACAAAUUCCAGACAACAAUGGGACUUUCCAAAUGGUUGGGCUCCAAUUCAACACAUGAUCAUAGAAGGUUUGGUAAAAUCUGGAGUAAAAGAAGCAAGAUUACUGGCAGAGGAGAUUGCUGUGAGGUGGAUCAGAACCAACUAUGUUUGUUACAAGAAGACAGGAAACAUGCAUGAGAAAUACAAUGUGGAAAAGUGUGGAUACUUUGGAGGCGGUGGUGAAUAUGUGCCUCAGACUGGUUUUGGGUGGUCAAAUGGAGUAGUACUGGCACUGUUAGAAGAGUUUGGGUGGCCUGAAGAUCUAAGGAUCGACUGCUGACCUGCUUAAUUAGGGAGCAAACAUAAAGAAUCAUGUUUCUCUCACUCAUUGCCAUGCAUUUAACAAAGAAUAAGUUACAUGGCAUUUGCAAUUAGAAAUACAAGCUUGAUCAGAUUGGUCAAAAAAAUGAGAAUCGAAUAAUCUCAGAAUGAGAACACCCCAGAGAGGAAGAUAUCAAAACUAGAUAAUUCAUAUAACUAUACAUAAUACAAGGGAAUAAAAGCUUUUCUGGUGAGUUGGGGGAAAAAAUGGAGGAGAUGUCUACCACCGCUAACACUGAUCAUUGAAUGCUUUGUUGGUAGUUUGAUUAAUUUGUCCUUUUGGGCAGUCGUUGCAUGAAGCCAAAAAAGAAAUAAUAGUGCCGAAUAGUAAAAGCAAAAGAGAAAAGAAUGGUGUACGUUUGAAAUACAACUCACGUGAUCUACAA